ACUCUGAAUGCGAAAGAAAAAUAAAAACAAAGCUGGGAUUCUGUUUACUUUUGUUUGAGUUAAGAAUUUCUACCGUCAUUUCAAAUGUAAAAUCGAAUAUUCUAAUAGGUUGGACGAAAAUCUUUCAGAUUUAUGUUGACAUAGAAAACCAAUUAUUAUGUGCAUAUGGUUUUUAACUGAACUAAAAAUUACCAGAGAUGACAUUGGCGCGUAUUCUUAUUACAGUAACUUGAAGAGAAGUGAGCGAAAGAUGAUCCGGCCAUUGAAACUUUGAAACACACGAGCAAUAUUCGCAUAGCAGACGCUGGAAGCGUGUCAGUACCACUGUCGUAUUUCUAAUGGCAGAUUGGAAUCACUCUUGUUCGAGACAAGAUUUCCAAGAAUAUCAGUUUAUUAGAGAAUCAUCUUCACACUGGUACAUCUUCUUAUGCACCGCAAAUGUUGUUCUCUCCAUUUUCGCUGUUACUGGAAAUGCAGUCAUUUUAUUCGCUCUUUAUCAAUGCCGCUCGAUUCAUUCGCCGACAAAAGCACUUUUCUACAGCUUGGCAUUUUCCGAUUUUGGAGUGGGAAUGGUUGCACAACCGUUACAAGUUGCCACCGGUACAGCAACUCUCUAUGGAGAUCUCAAUCUCUUCUGUUCGGUUCAACCUUUUUACGCUGCAGUAGCAUAUUACUUUUGUUCAGUGUCCUUUAUAACUAUGACAGCGAUAAGUAUUGAGCGAUACCUCGCUUUACGUCUUGGAAUGAAAUAUCGCCUGGUGGUGACGGUUACAAAAGUUGGGUUGACUCUUUUCUUGAUGUGGAUGGGUAGCGUUGUAUGGGCAAUUUCCCGCAUGUGGAAUAUUCGAAUCAACAAGAUCAGUGGAUUAAUUAUCGGCCUUUUAAGCGUCGUCGUCACUUCCUCCUGCUACUUUAGGAUAUACUGUACACUCAGAGGUUUUAAAACUAGAAUCGCCAGCCAUCAAGUGCUUAGAAGGCAACCCAGAAAUGUUUUAAACAUGGCGCUGUACCGAAGGUCCGUUAAUAGCAUGUUGGGCGUGUUUGGCUUACUUAUAGCCUGUUACAUUCCCUACUUCUGCGCGUUAAUAGCCGUUGCUUUUCAAGGAUACACUGCGACAGUGGUAUUAGCGACUAAUUUAACUUCACUGGUGAUUUUUCUCAACUCGUCAUUGAACCCUUUUGUUUAUUGCUGGCGUAUUAGAGAAAUUCGCAUGAGGGUGAUUGCAAUUAUAAGAAAAUUAUCGCCGAUAUGUACGAAUACCGCUCUUCAAUAGGUCACAGCUCCAUUUUAUUUACCAGCUCAGUUUAAUUAGUUCUCUUCCGAGAAGAAACAUCGUACUGAUAAAAGUGCUACUGGUCUAUACGUGUUCCCAUGAACCAUUGUUAACUGAAAUAGUUAUUUUAUCAAGAAACGCGCGGAAACCCAGAGUGAUAUUUUAAUCCUAAAGCAAGUUGCAUUGAGUCAGACCUGCCAAUAUAACAAUCUUCAAAAAAAACUUG